CGUCGGCGCGCGAUGGACUGGAUGGUCGGCUUCUGGAGCCGCGUGUCCAUGCUCACCUGCGGCUACCGGCCCGCCGUCGUCGGCGCCGAGCACCUCCCGGACCGGGACGAGGCCGUGCUCUACGUGCCGAACCACUGCUCGUACCUCGACAUCCUCACUCUGUCCGCGUUCCUGCCGCGGCCCUUCAAGUACAUCUCGAAGAUCGAGAUCCUGCGCAUCCCCUUCAUCGGCUGGGCCAUGGGCUUCGCGGGCCACAUCGCCCUGCGGCGCGCGGACCGCCGGUCCCAGCUCGAGUCGUACAAGGCGGCCGUCGCGUCCCUAAAAGACGGCAACUCGCUCGUCGCGUUCGCCGAGGGCACGCGAUCCGACGACGGCACGCUCAAGAAGUUCAAGCGCGGGCCCUUCAAGAUGGCCAUCGACGCCGGCGUCGACAUCGUGCCCAUCGCGCUC